GUCACGCAAGAACAUGUUUAAUUCAAGCAGGCCUUCGGCAUGUGCAUAGAUCUGUUUUUAUUCUGUUAUUGUUCUGUGUUUUAAACUAUUUUAAUGUAUUUGUUUUAAUGUUUUACUCAAGUUUGUACUUUUAAAUUGGUUCCUGGGAUUGUUAGCUGCCUUGAGUUCUCUUUGCUUGGUGGAAAGCUGGAGUACAAAUCAAAUAAAUAAAGAAGUUAUGCAAAGAGCAAGAAGGGGAGGCAGGGAGAAUGGAGCAGAUUUUGCCUGUGAGGCAUUGGUUUCCUGGUAGAGAGUAGUGUUGAGGUUUGUGAAUAGCAGGUGUCUGUGGGGGUAAAUCUGACUCAUCUGGGUAACUGGGAGGGUGCUUUGCCGAUGUCCUAGUUUUUUUGGUAGGUUUACAUGUGUGGGGACCUCCCUGAGAACAUAGACUGGGUAUUAGGUACAUGUCUAGUGGUAAGCAGAGUUGGGGACAAACAGAGGCAGCAUUAAGGAUAGGGGAAGAGAUAAAGUGGCAGGAGUUGAGAAAAGGUUCUGCAUUUGGAUACAAGGUAUAAAGUUGAAGACUUGCAGGAAAUGUGUCAGGAAAAAAUGAACUAUCUUAAUAUUGGGACAUACAUUUCAAAAAAAAUAGACAUGUAAGGAUAAAGAUGUAGCCUUGGUGGGAGGCUGGUUAGUUUGGUAAAAGGUUUGAGGGACUAAGAAAAGGAAACAUGGCAGGUGAGUCACUCAGAUGUUCAUUAGUGGUAGCAAAAUAUUGGGCAGAUGAUUAGACAUGAACUUGUGGGCAGAUCAUUGGUGAGUUUUGCAUAGAGAAGGAAGGCAUUUAGCAGAUCUAAACUGGAAAUACCUACUUGAUUUUUAAACAAAGUGGGCUUAAUUAAUGUAGUCAAGUGGCUAGAAUGUCAGAUUAGGAUCCAAGUGCAAAACUCCAUUCUGCCAUGAAUUCAUGGGGUUCUCUUGGACCCAUUGUUAUUUGUCAGUCUAACAUACCUUGCAGGGUGGUUGUGAAGGUAUGUCAUCCAAAAUGCCUUGGAGGAAAGGUGGGAUGCUAGUCGUAGAGGACUGAUUCAAUUAUUUAAAAUGGGCUGAAUGUGAGGGAUGUAUCAAUUGCAAGAGGAAUGACUGCUUGUUACGAUUGAGAAGGUAGAAGAAUAUUGGAGAUUGCUGCUGGAACUUGGUUUCAAGAGUGAAAUAUGAUGGCUUCCUGCCUUGGAUGAAACUGGCCUGAAUGUAGGGAAAAGGGAGUUAAUGGCUGAGGAAGGGAGCAUUAGGUCUGUGCCUGGAGCAGUGAAAGGAUAUGGGCCUGGCCAUUGGGGCAAAAGGUAGGUUGCUUUCUUUUUGUGUGAUUUAAGGGAUAACUUGACCUGAGUUAUCAGCAAAUGAUGAGGGGAUGGGUAGAGGCGAACUGCAGAGGCUUGUAGGACAAUUUAAGUGUGUGUGUGAGUCAAGUGGAUCCUGGCCUGGGUGAUAUUAGUGAGAGAGUUUUAAGGAAUAGUAUCAUGUGUGCAUAUAUACUAAGACUUAAAUAGGAUGCUAUUUCAGUAUGGAAAGCUGACUAAAGAGAAGUUAAUAUCACAUGAGGGACAUUCAAUAGAUGAAUAUAGACAAGGAGAUAACAAUUGAUAACAGAGUUCAGUUAAUGCCUGAGUUUGAGAAGGAGAAAGUACUGUAAAUUGCAGUUGAGGUAGAAGCUAGAUAUAGACAGAGGAAUUAAGUUUGAGUGAGGCUCAUUGAAAGAAACAGAAUGGGGGGAGGGAUAUAUAAACAGGGAUGGGAGGACUAGAUGCACAAUAGAAACAGGUGUGGAGCUGAUUCAGCUUAAGGUUAGAAGAUUGGCAAUAUAUGAGGAGGCUUGGGAAGGCACAUCAUUUAGAAGGGCUGCUCAGUAGAAGACAAUGAGAAGUAUUUCUUCACUGUCAGGAAAAAAUUCUUCACUGUCAAGGCAGUAUGACAAUGGAACCUAGUACCUAGGAAGGUUGUGGGCUCUCCCACACCAGAGGAAUUCAAGAUGCACCUGGACAGUCAUGUGGGGGGAUAGUGUAACUUGAAGUCCUGCACUGGCAUGGGGUUGGACUUAAUGGCCUUUCUUGGCCCCUUCCAACUCUGCUGUUUUGUGAUUCUAGAACUCCUGAUUUUCACUGUUUUAUUUGGCACAAAAAGGUACUCCGUGUGAAGAAAUCCUUGACUUGGAUGUAAGAAGAAAUAGGCUAACUCAGGAUUGGGCUUCUAUGAGGAAUAAAAAGAUAGCUGUGACUGCUUGGUUCAGAGGGUUUGAGGAUCUCCAAGAGCUCCAAGAUUGUUUUGAAAGGCAAACUGCCUGUAAACUGUGUUGAGGUUCUUCUGCAUAAUAGAUGUUAUUGAAAAGCCUUAAAUUAGUGAAAACCCCUUAAAUAAAAACAAAAAAUGUCACUGCGUGGUAGAAAUGAGAUACAGGGGUUAGGUAGUUCAAGCCAGGGCUUGGGAGGAGAGGAUAUUAGGAAGCCAUCUGGCUGUUCAUAGUGGUGCAGUGUUUGCUGAAAAUUGUCUUGAGUAGUUUAAAAAUGAUUUGCUUAGUGUGGUAAGGUGGAUUUGAUUAUGGUUAGUUGCAGGAAUCAAAUCAAGUCAUUAUAGUGCUGGGUGCAGGAUUUGGAGAGAAGUUUGCUAUAAAUGGACAACGGAAUUAGUGUGAUUCCCACUUAGAAAAUGAGACAAUAUGAAAAAGAGUGCAGUGAAUUUGUGAGGGUGUUAUUCGGGUAUGGGAGAGAAGACCAGGAUAUAUAGCAUUGCUCUCUGGAAGUUGGUUGGCACCUUGGAGCAGAAAUGGGAUGAGGUUGCCUGUUUUGUUAUAAAUAGCUGCUGAGAGAAGAGAGAGGAAGAGAGUAACUUUUCACUGCCCAGAGAGAGGAAAAAAAAGUUAUUGCAACCUCCCAUCUUGCUACUGUGGGAGGUGGAGGCAGCAGCUUCCAGGAAGUUCUUUCUGCUUUCUUUUUCUGCAUGCUAUAUGGAGGCUGGCUCCCUUGUGUCUUACUCUUGUAGGAAAUGAAAUGCAAAGGAAGAAUAUCUCUCAUCUCUGCUACCUUAUUUCAGAAUUUAUGAACACUUAACUGGAUUAAUGCUCCCUUUAAAAGAAUACACUAAUUGCAGCUAACACUAAUGUCUUUAUAUCUGUACCAUGUGUCUCAAGACUUCCUGAAUUUUCUAUAAAGAGCUGGGCUUUGAUCUGAUCUUAAUCAUUUAUAUCUCUUGCCAACUUGUUAGCAGUAGACAUGAUCAGUAAUUUGUAUUCACAAGAGUCCUGAUAAGCAUAGGCCUGCCUUGUAAUAUUUUUAUUUAUAAAAAUUCUAUCCAAUAAAAUAACGCUUGAAAUACAUAGUUAAGGCCAGAUCAGAAAGCUUUGCUCAUAGAACUCUUACAUUGUGCAGUACUUGUGGGGUUGACCGGAUACUUCUCUUUCAAGUAUUGUGUGUGUGUUUGGUGGGUCAUGAGUGGUUCCACACACAAUAAAGUCAAUGCUCCUACUUGCCUCUCAGGUUACUGUGGUUUUCUAGAACUUGGGCUUCUAGAAUCUCAAGCCUAUUUUAUGUGCAGCCUAAACAUAGGUGUUAACUGUACCAUUACGUUUUUCUGGAAAUUGAGGUGUGGAUUUGGCAACAAAUGACCCUGCCAUGGACAUUGCCUCUUCCUUUUUUUUUUUUUUUUGUGUUGUUAUGUUAGAAAUUGCUGUUAGAAAUUCUCUGAAUGCUACAAUGUCGAUUUUGUCUAUCUGUUUCAUUAUGUUGUGUCCAUUGAUACAGGAAAGUAAAAUCCAAAUGUCACCAAAGGGUAGCGCCUUUAUUAGCAUCAACAAAAUUGUCUCAAAACAGUGAGAAGGCUUUUCAGUUUCCCAGAAUUCUUCAGGCUGGAUAUUAAGCAAAGCAACAAGGGGACAGGAGAGUUAGGGCCAAGGUAUUGAUGUCCCAAAGAAUCUGCAUCAACAACAUCCCCAGUUUUUCCUCUCUCCUUUCCCUGCUUUGCUUGAUAUCCGGUCUGAAGAAGAGGCAAACUCUAUAAAGCAGUGACAUUUUAGUUGGGCCAAAAAUGCUAUUACUCUGUCGUGGCUUUUAGAGCACAGCAAGAGAUGAGGCAGCAACCUUGAAUAGUUAUUUGCUGUAUAAAGCAAUAGAUUAUAAUCAGACUGUCCAACUAGUUGCACAUCUCUGAUCUGAUUACCCUUUAUAAAACAAUGUCAAGGUAACAAAUGGUUUGUCUAAUUCUUCCCUGAGGUUGCAUCCCUUGACAGAAACGAUUACUGUGGCUGCUAUCAGAACUGUGCUCAACCACUAUUUUGGAUGAGACCCCUCCACGACAUAUCUGGAAUAUUCUGGCCUGAACUCAUUCUUCGAAUUUUUAAGACUUGGAGAGAUCCCCUUGGAGCACUUUGACUUGAACAAAAUGGGGAACUUCAAAAAGGAUGCCAGAAAGCAGUGGGGUAAACCAAAGAACCCACCAAAACACUUUGCACAGAAAGGAGCAUCUGGAGUAAACAGCCUGCUUUCAAAACUUGUAGGAAAACUUGGGCACAUUGCUAUCAUUUAUUUGCUUAGAACUCUUAUAGGUGCCUCAUCUUGGGACUCAAGACCCAAGCAGUCCAACCAGCAAUAACCACUCCACCUGGGAUUCCAAGACAGACAACUCUACACAGGAUUAAUGCCCUGGAUGAAUAGAGCAGAAAAAGCAUACCACCAAACAGACACAGCUCCUCCAGAAGAGUAGGGGAAAGAGGCUGCUGUUCCACAGGUACAGAAGAAUACGACACCAUGUUUUGAAGAACACCCACCCUGUGACCAGCAGCAGGGACCAGGCUAUUCAUCACUGGGCCAUUAACCUAUUCCAGGCAGACUCCUUUAUUUUUGCAAGCUUCCUGACAGUUAUGCAGUAGGUAAAGAUACGCUUACUAUGGAGCUGGUGUCAUGGAGGACUGCACCUGCUGCUGUCUGCCUGUCCAUGGCCCAGGAACCUUGCAUCCUCAUGCAUUUUUUCCCUUCCACAAUCUAUUCUGUCUCAGAGUCUGUUCAAUAAAGACUGCAACCUUUCCAUGUGUGUUGUUUCUUUAUUGCUAGGGAGUGUUAGGAGUUCCUUUCUACCACGCUAAACUGAUCUGGUUUCAGCUCGGCAUGAGAUAGGACUUGGGGAUGGGGGGCUGCAGGGUUGGACUCAAAAGCAGUGGCCCCUUCAGCGCCUGCUUAUUUUGCUUUCUUGUCUGCAAGGAGGCAUAUUUUGCCUUCAUAUUUUGAGUGAGAUGGGUACCGCUGCCAGUAUAGACGAGAUAGCCAGUGGAAGAGAGAGGCAGUGGAACCUAUGGUGGGGAGGCACCUGGCAUGGCUGGCUGUUUAGGCAGAAUAGCAGGGGUGUGCAGAUUGCGUUAGUGGAGGGACUAGUCAAAGCAUCUGAUUAAUGCAGGCAGGACUGCUCCUGACUCUCAAGUGUGCCUGGGUGUAUAGUCUCCCUUGCCCAUGCUGUUUUAAUGCAUGACUACAUCCUGGGUUUGAAACUGGAAUGCCCUGUAUGUAAAACAUGAACUGUGCCUUAUGGCAUCUAUAACUGUGUUUUGAAGCAAGGAGCAGAAAGACAGACAAAUACCCCAUGAUACAUCUGUGCUGCUGUGACUGAGUGACUGGGAAGCUGCUCUGUGGAGUCUACAAGUGUGGGCUUGAGACCUGGAAGCACCCUCUGUUUUGCCUCUGAUGCAACUGUUUUGGGUCAGGAAUGCAAAAUGUUCAUGUUGGGGAGAGGCCUGAAACGCAAGCUGAGUGAUUAUGAAGAGAACAUGGCUGGUGUGUCAAGUGCCUUUGAUUCCAGUCGUAACCUGCCAUAUCAGCUCAAAAGGCAGCUGGUGCUCAAUGUGUGCCUCGCCAAACUACAGACAUACAAGAUGCUGGUGGAACCAAAUCUGCACCGCUCUGUCCUUAUAGCCAACACAGUCAGGCAAAUCCAGGAGGAGAUGAGGCAAGAAACUAGCCAGCAAGUCAAUCUAGGCAGUAGUCUCAGCACCAGUCCUUCUGGUUACCUUGGCCUGGAUUUGUUUGGAAUGCCUUCACACCUUUUUCCAGGCAUUAAUCAGCAGGAAACAAAUAGCUAUGAACCCCGGCCUAUGGAAGGCCCAAUUGAAAACAGCUUACUGAUGGUUUCAGAUAAUGACAUGUCAUCAGCCAUUUCUUCUAUUCUGAAAGACUUGGACUUCAUGGAGGAUGUGAGUCCCCCUACUUACCUGGCUGCAUCUGGAGAUGAUCAGUUCAAGCCUUCUGAAACACCAGGUUUUAGGUUAGAAGAUGACAGACAAGACUUGAAGGGAGUGGAAUGUGCAUUUGGUUCCUUUGAAAUUUCAAACUCAACUAGUUACUUGAAAGACUUGGCUAUUGAUGACAUCUUUGAAGAUAUUGACACUUCAAUGUAUGAUUCAGACUUCGACUGUCCCUCACUAGCUCCUUCAAGAGCAUCGCCUGUGGCGACCAUGGAAGAGACCUUGAAAACUUUCCCUUCCUGCAAUUCUUCCUCAGCAAGCAACAUCCCAAUCUGUAGAAGUGAUCUCAGUGAUUUGGACCAUAUCAUGGAGAUUCUUGUGGGGUCCUGAUACUUUCUUUGAAAACCCAAAGAUUUUUUUCCAUGCUGCCACACAAUUCUGAUUUGAAGACAACGUGGGGGGCGGGGGAGCAAGCUGCGAAGCAUUAGAUCAGAAUGGCAGCACCAGGCAUUAUCUUUGAAUGGUUCUCAAAGCCUCUCCAAAAGUCAUAUAGAUAAAAACCAAAAAGAAAAAGAAAAAAAAGUGGCAGGUUGUCAUAUAAAAUGGCAUAUUUAUUAAAUCAAUCGUGCAAUUUUUAAAGUCCUUCUAGGGUAUAUAUGAGGUAUGUGUCUCUUACACAACCUUGUUCCCAUGAAUCUCACUUUUCUAGUGUGCAAUUUUUAAUCUGCCCGAAGAAUUUGCAUAACAGCAAUUAAUUUUCAUAAGAGUGGAAAACAGCUCCUGAAGUCAAAAGAUUCUAUUUUUAAUAUUGACUACAUUGUGUUAGCAUUCACUGGAGUUGCACACUUGGAUUUUGCAGCCUCAGUAAAUACAGAUAUAUUUUAAAGAUAUUUAAAGAACUACAGAUAUCUUCCCUUUUGUUGAAGGAGCCUCAAGAUGCUUGGCAGCAAAAUUCCUUGCAUUUUGUAAAGCAUUUGAAACUAUUUAUUUUUGUAAAUUUUAUAGUGUUUUUACAUUUUACUACAUUGUUCUAUCCUAGUUUGGAAAUGGAUUUCUGGUUGGAUGUGGCUGGCACUACCUCUAUAAGCAGAAAUGCUUUAACUCUUUCCAGUGCUUUGUCUAACACUGUAGACUUUUUUUUUUUUUUUGGAUGGUAUUUGUGGUGGUAGAAGCAAGAAACUUGUCAGCAAUUUGGCUGGUGAAAUUUUAUGGUAUUUAAUUGUACACAUUUAUAAAUGUAAUUUAUAUGUAUAUUGUCCAAUUUUAAAACUUUGUCAGUAUUAUGUGCAUCAAUUUUGGGGUAAUAUGGGUUUUUUAAAUUUAGUAUUUACUGUACAGUUAGAACUAUUUUAACUCUGCAGAACAUUGUAUAUUUGCAACACAAUUUAAAAUUUUAUGUGCAAUAUACCAUUUAAACAGAAUUUUGCACAUCUUGUUAUAUAAGGAAUGCAUGGAAUCCAAAUGGCAGGCAAAAAAUCAAGACAGAGUACCUGAGGUGUACCCUACACACAGUCUGCUGGCAACUCUGUGUAAGCCCUGUGUUAAUUGAAUGGGACUUGCGUAAGAUCACAGCUCUUACCUUGCACAAUUCGCUUGUGUUGCGGAGGGCAGUUCUACUUUCAAUGAAUAUGCUCAGUAAGGAUUGUAUUUCUUAGGUAUUUACUCUUUCCUCACAUGAAGUGCUAAUACUCAGUCGGAACUGAGCAAACCUUAGGAUCAUCUCACCAUUGGAGGAGUAACAAUCCACCUGGCAGUGAUUCUGCUGCAGUUUCGUGAAGCAGGCUUUAUCCCAUCCUAAGGCUGGCUUAGUGUCAGCACCAAGCGUGCUUAUGUAAUUGUCCCAGCCUGUCUUGGUGUCACUGAGUGGGCCUGGCCUGCAUUGCUAUUGCCAAGUAGCUGCAUCUCUGCAUGUCAGACCAGGCCCAGCCCCAUUUCCUUACUGGGCAGCACUGGCAGGCUUCUUGCUGGAUCUGCGGUUUUGGUCCUUAUUUUCUCAGCAUGCACUGUGACAACCACCUAGCACAGAAGAUGGAUCUGGGAAGCCUGCUUGAACAAAAGAAGCAGAACACUGGUCUGACAGAUGUAACAGUGCUUGUACAAAUGGGUGCGAGAAGCCCAUCCUUUUGAAAUCUUUUGUGUUCUUUUCCAUUCUUUAUCAAAAGCUUUAUACCUGCAGCAAUUCUGCCCAGCCCCCAAGAACAGGUAGUGUCUCAGUGAGGGGUGGAAUUUUUUAAUAACAAAAGCAGUGAAGUGGCCAGGUUUGCUGAUGACAUCUGAUUUUAGGUGGUUAAAACAAAAAGGGAUUGUGAUACACUCUAGAAUGAUCUCUCCAAACUAGGAGGAUGGGUGUCAAACUGGCAAAUGAAGUUCCUUGUAAGCAAGUGUGAAGUAGUGCAGACUGGGGCAAAACGUCUGAACUUCAAGUAUCAGUUGAAAGGAGUUAGCAGUGAUGAACCAAGAAAAGGGGCCUUAUGGCUGGAGUGUGCAAAACAUGAUGGUUGCAAAGCAGUGUACAUCUGUGAAAAAUUAGAACUGCAUGUGAGGCACAAUCAGGAAAGGAAAUGUAACUCAUACCGCAAAUACUGUACUCUCCUGCAUCUAUGGUGUGAUCACACCUAGCUCACUGUGUAUAAGUCUGGUCCCCACACCUAAAGAAGCAUUUAUUUGCCCUUUUCUGCACUUUUGAAAAAGGCAAAUAAAAUGGUCAGGCUGCUGGAACAGCUGCCCUUUGAGGAAUGGUUACAACAGCUGGGAUUGUUUAACUUACCGAAAGGCGAGUAAGGGGAGGGAGGAUAGAGGGCAGGAAGGCCGCUGUUGCCCUUCUGUCCUGCUUGCGGUUGGCGUGCUCCUGUGUGAGCAGCGUGGUGGACUAGAUCGCCCCUUGGUCUGAUGCAGAAUGGCUGUUCUUACGCUCUUAACAUUCUCCUGGUAGUUUUUGUUCAAAAAAAGUACAUCACAAAGGGGCAGCAAAAAAUGUUAGGCAACCCAUGUCCCCAAGCAAUGAUCCUAGUCGUGAAGUAAACGAUUUGUGAAGACGUAUGAGGUACUUUUCAUGUAGUAUAUGCAUUGGCUAAUCUUUAUUCCAAAUGUGUUACUGAUGUCCAGGCAGGUUCAGAGUAGGUAUACACCAUUUACAGUUUAUGGAAGUUGAGACUGAAAAGUUCCUCCUGCCAGCCCUUAUCUCUUUGGCAGGAUCCAGGCAGGAACCAUCUUAACUUGCAGUAGAUGCCACUCCCCCCCCCCCUUCAGCAGCCCUGCUGCCCAUCAGGCUCCUACUGCAGUACCAAGCAGCAGCUUCAGGCCCUCUCCCCACCCCACCUUCCAUGGGGCUGGGUAACGCUGGUGUAUUUUGUACUGGGGUCUGCUGAUGAAGUUUGGCCACUGUGUACAAUGCAAUGUUGUGCAGCUGAUGUAUCAUUGGACAUGGAGGGGCACUGUGUUUUGAGAAAAGGUGACAACAACAUGGUCUCACUUGACCUAAAGAACUUUGCUAGAGCGACUAGAGGCAGGUCUGAGUGGUGGCAGGCAUGUGAUGAUAUUGCACUUGCCAGGGGAAGGGGGAGGGGGGAUUGGCUGUUAGGGUCUGCCUAGAGAAUAUUGGUGGUCGGCAUGAAAGUGGCACCAUGCUGAAAUUCAAGCCCCUCUGCCUGGGGUUAGUACUGCAGGAAUUUUCCAUUUUCACAUUUAAGAGCUGUCUUGCAUCUCCACUAUGUAAAGAAGCAUUAUAGAAUGGGAUUUAUUAAUACGGUUUAUUCAUCAUUCACUUUAUACUUCUACUGGUAUAAGUACAUUGCCAGAUUAAUCAACUUUCCACUCCCACCCUGCUGCUCUUCCACCAGAAUAGUGCACCUGCUGUGGUAGAAAGUUUAUUCUUGGGUCAUAAUGACUCAGCAGUGAUGCAUUUUGGGACAAAAGAGGGGUAGCUUAAAGAAUGAACUUGGUUGUUACCAACAAAGCAAUCAACAUCAUGGUAUGCCUGUAGAAUUGACAGGGGAGGCGAUUCCAUAAGUUAUAUGGAGAAAAAUUGGAUCCUAGCAAUUGCUGGUGCAUGUGGACACAUAUCUGUACUGCUUUGUUACCCAUUUCCUUUUAUACUUGCCUCUGAUUGUUCAAGGGACAUUACCAAGGAUCAGCAGGGCUUGUAAAAUGAAACAAAACCUUGUGUGAUAAUCAAAAUGAGCAAAAUACAUUCAUGCUUUGGUUAUAAAUCGGAGAUGGUUUCAUUUAUACAAUCCUGGUUCUCCUGUCUGCCCAGUGCUACUCAUGGCUGAGCCACAUCCCUCAACUAAUGCAAACUCAAUCCCCUUUUGUUGGCACAAUGCAUAGUUUGGCAGUUGAAAUGUAUUCUUUAUGCAUAGGAUUUGCAGCUGGAUCUAAAAUAUAGCUGUAGACAUUUUGGCAAAAUAUUGUUCAUUUCUGGUAUAAUGGGGUUAGGUAAAAAGAAUGUACAGAGACUCUGCAUAAAUGCUUCUUUGUAUGUACAUGAAUCUUGAAAAUGGUAAGGGCCUUCUGCACUGUGAUGAAGCAGACUUGUGGUUAAAUAAUAUUUUUAAAAUUCCUGUGAUAAUAAAUAUUUCAAUCUAA